UCCACCUUCAGUAAUCAACACGAAUUAUUUGUUUUUGUUACAAAAGUUUUUUUAGAAAACAAAAUUAUAGCUAUUGCAGUGGACAUCGUACUUGAAGAGGCAGCGACUGCAGGCGAAGUGGGUUAUCAAAUUUCUUAGAUAUUUACAUCCUUGUUUUUCUUGGAAGAGGACUCUCACUUCCGGAUAAGUAAAACUUGAUGCAGUUAUACUUUCGCUUUGUAUGAGUUUCGUGGUGAUUAAUUGAUAAAUUAAAGUUUGUAAGCCUUUUUCUACCCAGUCGGUCUGGAGUUUUUUGCCUUGUGAGUUGGGCUUCAAUGAACGUAGAGUUAUGUCACAUUUACUCUAUGUGAGGAAUUUACCGAACGACAUAGAUCUGCUGAGAUUAAUAAUCUACUUUCAGUCGGGUGAAUCAGGAGGUGGCGAUAUAAAUGAGGAUAAUAGUCAAUUGGAAGACGGCGUUGCUGUUCUGGAUUUUGAAAGCAAAGAAGAUUUGGAAAAUGUUCUUCAACAAAAACAUGAAAUUGAUGGAUGCAAAAUUGAAAUCUCGGAUAAACCAUUCAAACUUAACACCCAAAAGAGUAGCACUAACAAGCCAUCCAUGUCUAAUAACUCCAUUCCUGACAAGGAAAAAGCAUAUCUAGACGAAGUUCGCACAGUUAUCGUAAGCGGUCUCAAUAUUGACACAACGGACGAAACAUUGCACAUGUUUUUUGAAAAUGCCCGAAGAUCUGGCGGAGGUAAAAUCGAACAUCUUGAGCGAUGUGAUUCGGAUGUCGCUCAUCUCACCUUUGCAAAGGCUGAAGUGGCAGCAGAAGUUUUGAAGCGCGAGAAGCUGGAACUUGACGGUUACUUAUUACAAUUGAAAGAAAAACAACCGAAGCUGCAUCUUCCUCCCGACAAGAAGAAAUUGUACAUCGAAAACAUUAAGCCGAAGACUACAAAGGACAGUGUUUCAAAUUACAUUGAGCUUCAGACUGACGUAAGAGUUUGUGAACUGUGGUUUGGUGACAGCCAAAAUGCCAUAGUCCAUUUUGAAAACAAAGUAGAUCUCGAGAAAGUAUUAAAAAGAAAAGCCUUUAGAAGGAGCCGAGCUGAAAAUUUCUCAUCCUCCCUUAUGUAACACGUUGUUGAUUACUGGCCUUACCCAGAACACAACAAAGCAGGCCAUCGAGAUGUACUUUGAAAGUGAGAAAUAUGGUGGAGGUAAGAUCUAUGGAGAAGUCAUUCACCAAAAAGAGCGUGGAGUAGCAGUUGUUUCUUUCUGUGAUCCUGACGUUUUGAAGUCUUUAUUGUCUAAAGAACAGAAAUUAAAUGGAGCCAAGCUGGGUGUUUGUCAGCACUACCAGUUCAUGCGUGAGAUCAAGGAAGUUGUCUAUAAAAAGAUAAGCGUCGAUCGUUUUGUGUUAAAUCACGUUAACAGAAAAUGUCAACUUGAGGGCAGUGAUCAUUUGGGAACCGAAUUGCUUCAAAGGAUCAAUGAAAAUAACGGAGAGUUAACAUUGCCCGAGGAAAUGGCGAAUGCUUGUGAGUCGUAUUUUGAUAGGUUUGUUGUUUUGGAGUUGCCCUUCAGCGAAAAGUUAUUUCAAAAAUCGGAAGAUGAAUUGCGAAAGCUAUGUGGAUUACCGGAAGUAAAAAAAGAUGUUACGGCCAUUGUCGAUAAGAGUAUGGUCAGGGUUGUUGUUGGAAA